GAUCGGCGGUUCAGGACCCUUCUAAAACUGUUCAAACACUUUGUCGACGAACAUAAGCAGAAAGGUUACGUGGUGUGCUGCCAGUCCAAGUUGUCUAGAAAUAUGGAUAUUGUUAUGCACAUGGCUCGGCACAUUCAGCCUAGCGCGUUCAAGUGUGAAAUUUGCGGGUUCAUGGUGACGAGACCCCGGUUCCUGAUUAACCAUCGCCAGACUCAUCUUCCCGAGGAACUAAAACCCCACGCCUGUCCGCACUGUCCAAAGAAAUUCAGCUGGGAGAGAGGUCUGCAUGUGCAUAUGAAUCAUCACAAACCCCCGGAGGAGCGUGUUUCGUUUCCGUGCCCGUUUUGUAACAAAAUCUACAAUACCGCUGGAGGGUUAUCAACGCACAAACGAAAUUAUCACGCAGAGCAGCCAAAGAAAAAGGUGGUUCAGGUGUGCGAAAUAUGUGCGAAAACAUUCGCGCAUGGUUCUGCACUCAAAGAACACGUCAGAACUAUGCACUUGGUGGACCAGAAAUUUCAGCUCCAAUGUAAGGUUUGCUCAAAGUGGGUUAAAAACGCCCGAGUUCUCAGGGUUCACUUGCAAACCCAUUCGGAGAUCGAUUAUGCCUGUGAACAUUGUGAUUAUACAACGAAGAAAAAGUCUUUACUUUCCAAACAUAUUAAAACACACCAUCAGCAAGAGCGACCCAUCACAUGUGACACAUGCGGAGCGGCAUUCAAACUUAGGCGGCAGCUAUUAUAUCAUAUUAAUAUGAAGCACAAAAACACGCACGUCCGCUACAGGUGCAAUUUCUGCCCAAGCACGUUCAGUUGCUCGACCAACUUCUACGCUCACCGCCGAAAGCAGCACCCGAAGGAACUAGAAGCCAUGAACGAACAGAAGGAACAGGAGAAAAAAAUCAACCGUAUUAAAGCCGGCUUGGAACCAGAUGAUGUUCUCGCAACACACGAAUCCUCGGCCGUCACCACAACAGAGGAUGGAACUCGGAUUAUAACCAUCAGCAGUAUGCCGGAUUCUAACAUGAAAUCGAAUCAAACUAUUCUGAUAGAAGUUUCAGCUGAAGAAAGUCAGGUUCAGAAAACAACAACUUUUGGUUUGCAAGUUCCGAAUGCAAAUAACAAUUGUGGAGCAUUUUAGUUAUGUUAUCGUGGAAAUAAUGGCCUCGUAUACGGUGUACCAGCCCAAAUUGGCUGUAGCAGUUUUUCUGUAUUCGAGAGUUGCCCUCGCGUCUCACCUGUUCAAUCAGUUACCCCAUCAAAAGUUUGAAAGUCAUCGUCCAACGGUAGUUUACCGUACAUUCGACCUACAUGCGAUAUGUGAUGACACGGAACAACAUGUAAGUUCAAUUUAUUUAGAACAUUUAAUCUAAAAUUUUGCCUUUUCGGAUUAAAAAAAAAUAGCCAUGCGUUUGUUAACAUACAUUUAAUUGUUUCAUCUGUAUUCUAAACUAUAAAUAUGGUUUGUUAUAUAAAAUUAUGAACUACUACGCGCGAGAAAGAAGAGAGGACGUCAGCCACGAUAAACAAAAAAAAGUUAUUUUAGCUAAACAGUUAUUGUUGUGUUAACAUUUGUUCACAGCAAGUUCAGUACGAUACCAUCGGUGAGUAGUUUUCUUUGACUUCGUGAUAAAUUUCUGAAAAAAAACUUAAUGCAAAACAUGCUAAAACUAAUCGUAAAUAAUUUGACUGUGCGGAAAUACCGCCAAUAG